AUGGAAACUGGAGAAGCUUCGCAACCAAAGAAAAAAGGUGGAUAUUUCCCGUGGACAUCCCAGGAAAGUCAAUUGUUGAAACGUUUAUUGGUGGAUGGUAUCAAACAGGGAUGGCGCGACUCAAAUGGUUCUAUAAGCAAAUCAACGAUUGAGACGAGGAUACUACCAGUUCUAAAUAAAAAACUCGGCUGCAGUAAGACUUACAAAAACUAUGUAAAUCGAAUGAAAUCUUUGAAAAAAGAAUAUCAAAGCUACGCAGAACUUCUCCGAUGUAGCUCUGGUUUUGGGUGGGAUCCCAUUUUAAAACAAUUCACUGCUUCGGAUGAGGUGUGGGAAGAAUAUUUUAAGGGACACCCUAAUCAUGAAUACAUGCGGAGUAACACUUUUGAAGACUUUGAAGAUUUACAAAUCAUUUUUGAAAGUGCUAUUGCAAAAGGAAACAACGUGUUUGGACUAGGUGGUGAUUCAAAUGCUGCAACUUUUGAAGUUGAAAAUGAUGUUCAAGAAAGAGAAGAUGUUCAUAUGGAGAAUGUUUGUGAAGCUAACGAAACAUCAUAUGAAACUCCUAAAGAAAAACUACCUUCUAGGAAGCGAGUCAAAACCCAUGGUAAUCCAUCAGAGUCAAUUAAUCAUGAUGAUCGUUCUGAAAAGGUAAUAACUGAAAUGAUUGGAGUUAGCACUAAUCUCAUAAAUCUUAUUCAACAAAGAGAAGAAAGGCAUCAAAGAGAAGAAGAUGUACGAGAAACUGAAAAAAAUAAGAAUAAUGUUUGGGAUGCUAUUAAAGAAAUUCCCAACUUGGAAGAGUAUAUUCGCUAUGAUGCGGUAACUAAGAUUCAUAAGCUGAAGAUGAAAGACGUAUUUGUCUACAUGUCCAUUGAAGAACGUUUGGGUUGGAUUCUCCGUAACACCUAG